AUGGAUUCUGUCAAGGGAUCUAAGAAGCGGAAGGCUGUAACUCGCGAUGUCGAACCAGACACGGAUAUUGUUUCAGGGGAAGAAUUGAACAACCUAGACCUCUCUGACGGCGCCCAUGACCUGUCCGAGGAGAGCGAUUCUGAGAUUGAAAUUGUCAACGAAUUCAGCGACGAAGAUGAGGACGACAGCGAGUCUGACAUUGACAGUGACGAGGUCCCAUCGGACAUUGAAAACGACAAAUUCGGAAAGAAUGGUGCACAGGAUGCCGACGAAGACGAGCUCGAACGACCCAAUUAUCGAAUCGAGAAAGACGCCAAUGGAAAUGAACGAUAUGUGUAUGACGAGAUCAACCCGGACGAUAACUCAGAUUAUUCGGAUGUAGAUGAGAACUCAAACACAAUCGGCAACAUACCUCUUUCAUUCUACGACCAAUACCCUCACAUUGGUUAUGAUAUUAAUGGCAAAAAGAUCAUGCGCCCUGCCAAAGGCGAGGCAUUGGAUGCUUUAUUGGAUAGCAUUGAGAUCCCUAAGGGCUGGACCGGUCUUACUGAUCCCUCUACGGGCAAGCCCCUGGAACUCAGCCAAGAUGAACUGGAAUUACUGCGAAAAGUCCAAAUGAACGAAAUCCCCGAGGAGGGCUACAACCCCUACGAGCCCACAGUUGAAUGGUUCACCAGUAAGCAGGAGAUAAUGCCUCUAAGCGCAGCACCAGAGCCGAAGCGUCGAUUCGUUCCUUCUAAGCACGAAGGGAAGCGUGUGAUGAAAAUUGUCCGUGCCAUUCGAGAAGGCCGGAUCCUUCCUUACAAGCCUCCCGCAGAAGAAGAUGAGGCAGAAGAUGGCGUAAUUCGCUAUGAUAUCUGGGCAGACGAAGCUCCAAGACCCGAUCACAUUAUGAAUAUCCCGGCGCCCAAACUUCCCCCUCCAGGUUACGAGGAGAGUUAUCAUCCACCUCCUGAAUAUUUGCCGGAUAAGAAAGAGAGGAAAGAAUGGGAAGAGGCCGACGAAGAAGACCGUGAAAGGGAAUAUCUCCCCACAGACUUUGCCGCUCUCCGCAAAGUCCCCGGUUAUGAAAGCUUCGUCAAGGAAAAAUUCGAGCGUUGCUUGGAUCUAUACCUUGCUCCUAGGGUCAGGAGGAAUAAGCUCAAUAUUGACCCUGAAAGUCUGCUUCCUAAACUGCCGAGUCCUGAAGAGCUCAAGCCAUUCCCUACGGCAUGUGCAACUCUUUUCAGGGGCCACAGCGGUCGCGUGCGUUCUGUAUCAGUUGACCCGUCUGGCCAGUGGCUGGCCAGUGGAGGUGAUGACGGAACAGUGCGCGUUUGGGAAAUCCUUACAGGUCGUCAGCUGUGGUCUGCGAAAUUGAGCGAUGACGAACCUAUCAAUGUCGUCCGUUGGCGUCCUGGUCAAGAUGCCGUCGUACUGUGUAUUGCCUGUGGCGACGACCUACAUCUCGCCGUUCCCUCGAUAAUCAACCCGGACCUAGAAAAAGCCAGUUUGGAACUUCUUGACGCUGGAUGGGGCUAUGCAGCCAACAAGACAGCUUCUAAGACUGGAGACGCAGACUCCAAGAGUGCACCCACAAACUGGAUCCGACCAUCGGCGGAUCUUGCCGAGUCUGGAGUUUGCAUCACAAUACCUUUACGAUACGUCGCAAAGUCGAUUUCAUGGCAUCGUCGCGGUGAUUACUUUGUCACUGUCUGCCCUGGAUCCUCUACACCGGCACACCAAGCCAUUGCAAUCCACACGCUCUCCAAGCAUAUCACCCAAAACCCGUUCAGGCGCCGACUCAAGGGAGGUGGCCCUCCUCAAGCGGCUCAUUUCCAUCCUUCCAAACCCAUUCUUUUCGUCGCCAACCAGCGCACCAUUCGUGCGUACGAUCUUUCUCGUCAACUACUCGUCAAGAUUCUGCAGCCUGGCGCACGAUGGAUUUCAUCAUUUGAUAUCCACCCGACCUCGUCAACAACAUCGGGUGGGGACAACCUUAUUGUCGGGUCGUAUGAUCGUCGACUCUUGUGGCACGAUGUUGACCUAUCUUCGCGCCCAUACAAAACCCUUCGCUAUCACAGCAAAGCUAUUCGAGCCGUCAAGUUCCAUCCUGGUGGUCGGUAUCCCUUGUUUGCGGAUGCGAGUGACGACGGCUCUCUGCAGAUUUUCCACGGCAGUGUUACCGGCGAUAUGCUUAGCAAUGCCAGCAUCGUCCCUCUGAAAGUUCUUCGAGGCCACAAAAUCACCGGUCAGCUCGGUAUCCUAGAUGUAGACUGGCAUCCUACCCAACCUUGGUGUGUUUCUGCUGGUGCAGACGGUACCUGUCGUUUGUGGUGCUAA